AUGUCUAUUAAGAUGUCUGCUGCGCGCCGAAAGAGGAAUGUCUUCUUCCAUGCCUACUUUCAACUUGAAAACCUUCUUCAGUUAGCAGAGCGGCUCCGGGGGCGGCCAUGUACUUGCAACGACUCUCAAACCCCCAAAACAGGCGCCUUAAACUGGGCAAUAUUUCUUGAGUUCGAUGAUGGCGUUGAGUGGGUGUUCCGGGCUCCCUGCUCAAUCUAUACCCUCACCCAAGGUACCACCGGGCGCCUUCUAGCCAGCGAGGCCGCGACUCUGAAAUAUGUCCGAGAACACACAUCUAUUCCUGUACCAGAGGUUUUUCAUUAUAGCCCCACCUAUGAGAAUGAGAUAGGAAUUCCGUAUAUCCUGAUGAGCAAAGCCACUGGCCAUCCCCUUGCUAGGUAUCGCUGGCGGACAAAUGAUCAUGAAGUCCCUGGGCUGAACGAUUCUGCGACACCAGCACGGGCUUUGACAGAGGAAGAGAAAAAAAAAAUCAUGCAACAGCUUGGAUGCUACGCUUGUCAGUUGUUUGGUCUCCGCUUUCCGACAAUCGGAUCCCUCUUGGAAGGUGACCAAGGUUACUAUAUCGACGAAUGCCUUUCUCCCGGGCAUAUUCUACAAGACCGGGAAAUGAUAGAGGAUAUCCCGCGCGGUCCAUUUCACAACGAAACAGACUAUUACUCCUCCCUUGCCGCAGCCCUUCAUCUACAUGCUGAACAGCUUCCAAUGGAACACCAUAUCCUCCGUGCGCCUAUUCCUGUCCCGCAAGAGUACUCCAGCUUCGCCAAGUACUAUGCUGCUACGGAUCGCUGGAAUGACUUCGCGACCCUUGGGGGAAUAGUGGACUCCAGCAUAAAUCGAUUGCAGUAUUGCCUCGCGAGUGACUUCUUGCGGGACUCUAUCAUACCUCAUAUGGUUCGCUGUGUCAGCCAGUCAGUAUCUGGCUUCCCCCUUUAUCACCAUGACAUUAGCCUCCAGAACCUUUUUGUUGAUGAUGACUUGAAUAUCACUUCUGUCAUUGACUGGGCAUUUUCCUCCACUGUUCCUCCGGCUCAGCUGGUUGCUACUCCGGGACUACCACAUCCUAGGGACUUGGUAUUGGAUUUGUCCCUGGUAAAUGCAUACCGCUCCGGCUUCGAAAUCGAGAAUAGGAAGACUGGUAACUAUGCAAUCAAGUCCAGCCACUGGAAGGUUGGUGAGAUGAUCCCACAUUUCAUGCGCCUGGUGAACCUGGAUGCUUUACAAGACUACAAUCACCUCAAGGCACUCUAUGUGCUUUCUCAGGAACCGCUAACCCCUGGAGAUGACAACGACGACACUAAUAGCCUACCGGUUAUAUUGGCAGCACGAGCCGUGACCCACGAUGCACACGCAUUGGCUGACAAGCUAGCAGCUGAUGACGAAUCUGAAAGUGAGGUAUGUCGGCGGGAGAAGGAGUACUUCGCUGCAGUCGGUGUCAAGAGACUGGCAGUAGCGCAUAAGGUGGCAUUUGUGGCCAAGAUGAAUCCGCGGUUUGUAGCAGAUGGGCGGUUGUGGCGUUGGAUUGAUGCGGUUAUGGAGUACUAUGACGGCCCGUGA